GGGGGCCGUGCCGCCGCCUCCCCUCAGCGCGGGCGGCGGCACCGGUGCCCACGGAGCUCCUCGCCCGCCACUGGCAGCACAUGAAAAGGUUCGAAGGAGCUAUUUCCCUCUAUUGGCUCAUCUUCACAGUGCCUCUCUGCCAUUCUGCUUCCUCCUUAUACUCCUCAAAUGAAGAUGAGUAGCCUGCUGCAAAUAUGACAUCUCUGACUAGUGUCAUUGCCUCCCACCAGUCUGAGUGGGUGUCCUUCACUGAUGAUCUGCUCCUCCCUGUUAACCCUCGAGGUAGCACUGAGAAGCCUCCAGAGAAAUGCUUUUCUUCUUCAGACACCUCCUCAGAAGAGAACCACAAUGCAGAUGGAGAAUUUCAAGACCUUUUCCACACAGAGCUGGAAGAUGCAGCUGACCAACCCAAGGUGAAUUCUGCUGUGCUUGGGAACCACGUGUGUCCCAGCACUGAUCUGUCAUCAUCCAUCAGUGCGUGGGUUCAGUUUGAAGAUGCACCAUGGACCAACACUCCAUCGACCCACCCCCAAGAAGGGUCCCCAUCAAAAGCACCCAGCUGGACUUCUCCCUCCUCCAACUCUUCGGAGAGGCAAGCACGUGCUUCAGAGAGCAGCUGGACAACCAACUCAGAGGACACCAGCAGCCCAAGCAUUGCUCCCUCCUACACAGAUCUGCAGUCUAUUAAUACUGAGGACUUGACCAGUGGUGGAACGUCUGCAGCAGACUCAGCUGACAAUUCCUCAUCUCUCCAGGAAGAUGAAGAGAUAGAUAUGGAGGCUGUCAACUGGCAGCUGAACACCACCUCCAUGAAUGGACAUUCAUCUACCCCAACCACCGUUCGCUUUCCCAGCUGGGUGACUUUUGAUGACAACGAAGUCAGUUUUUCAGCACAGAACCUUCCUCCCUUGAAAACAGGCACCCCACCUGCAGAAACACAGAUUCCAGAUGUUAACUUCAACAUCACUACAUCCUUCAAGAAAAGAGAACGUCCUAAAAGCACAUUGGGAGAUCUCUCCAGAAUUCAAAAACUAGAUCUCUCAUCCUUAACAAAAUUGCCUUCUGUUGAAACACCACCAUGGAGUGCUACAAAUCCCUUCCUGGAUGAAUCUCUGCGAGAUGUCCAACCCUCACCCAUCAAUCCAUUCAGCUCAUUCUUUGAGGAGCGGGACAGGCGUUCCAAAAGCUCUUCUGUCUCCACUGCUCAGUGCAAAAGCCAAAGAGAUUCUCUCAUUAUUCUCCAUCAAGAGCCUGAUACCAUCAAUUUCCAUGAGGCAAACAAAAGCAUAAGCCACACAGAUGCUGUAGAGCAGCUCAAGCAACUCCAGAUUGGAGACCCAGAUCGUGUGAGCAGCCCUACCUUGCCUGAUGAUGACCCUACAAUGCCAUAUGAUCUGGACGCAGCCUUAUUUAACCUGGCACCAGCUCAGCCAAAGGAGGGAUGGCCAAUGAUGCUCAGGAUCCCAGAGAAGAAGAAUAUUAUGUCAUCCAGGCAUUGGGGACCAAUAUACGUCAAGCUGACUGACAGUGGGUAUAUUCAGCUUUUUUAUGAGAAGGGACUGGAGAAACCUUUCCGGGAAUUCAAACUUGAAAUCAAUCAUGAGAUUUCCGAGCGCAAACUGCAGAACUAUGAUGAGAACGGGAGGAUACACAGUGUGCGCUUGGACCGAACCACCUACAAGGAGAAGAAGAAGUAUCAGCCUAAGCCAGCCAUCGCUCACACGGCAGAGAGAGAACAAAUUAUCAAGCUUGGGACUACAGAUUACAAAGAUUUUCUUAGCUUCAUCAAUGCUGUGCAAGACACACUGAUGAACUUGCCAGCCUCAACAGAUCUGAGCACAGUGGGACUAAACUAUCAAGAAGAAGAAAUCACGGUUGAUGUCAGGGAUGAGUUUCACGGCAUCUUGGCCAAAGGAGACGGUGUGAUUCUCCAGCACAGUGUGCUAACUCAUAUCUAUGUUCUCAGCUUCCUGUCUGGCCUGGCAGAAUGCAGACUGGGUCUUAAUGAUAUCCUAAUCAAAGGGAAUGAAAUAGUUGCAAGGCAGGAUAUUAUGCCCACUACUACCACUAAGUGGAUUAAAUUAUACGGCUGUCAGUUCCAUUCAUGUGUGGAUGAGGAUAUGUUUAAUAACUCCCGUAUUAUCCUAUUCAACCCUUUGGAUGCCUGCCGGUUUGAACUGAUGCGAUUCAGAACUGUCUUUGCUGAGAAAACUUUGCCUUUUACCCUGAGGACAGCUGCCAGCAUCAAUGGUGCUGAGGUGGAGGUGCAGAGCUGGCUGAUGAUGUCCACCGGGUUCUCUUCCAACCGUGACCCUUUAACUCAGGUCCCUUGUGAAAACAUCAUGAUCCGCUACCCGGUGCCAAACGAGUGGGUGAAGAACUUCCGCAGGGAGAGCGUCCUGGGGGAGAAAUCUUUGAAAGCCAAGGUGAACAAAGGGGCCACUUUUGCUUCCACCAGUCUGUCUGGUUCUGAGCCAGUAAUGAGAGUAACUUUGGGAACUGCCAAAUAUGAGCAUGCCUUUAAUUCCAUUGUAUGGAGGAUAAACCGACUGCCUGACAAAAACUCGGCUUCUGGUCAUCCUCACUGCUUCUUCUGCCACCUAGAGCUUGGCUCUGACCGGGAAGUGCCUUCCAGCUUCGUCCGCUACGUGGAUGUGGAGUUUGACAUGCCCACUACGUCUGCAUCCAAAGCCGCUGUUCGCUCCAUCUCUGUCGAGGAUAAGACUGACGUGAGGAAGUGGAUCAACUAUUCAGCACACUACAGUUACAAGGUUGAAAUAGAGCAGAAAAAAAGCUUGAAUGAGGAUCUGAAGGGAGAAGAUACUGCAAAUGUCAAUCAAUGUGCCACGCAGUGAAGGAAGAUCGGUCUGCAAGUCCCAAGAGGGGUGGUCAAAUUAACAGACCUGAAAGAAAGGACUUGAAGGGUUUUGGUAUUUUUCUUUUAAAAAUACGGAGGACUACUUUAAAAGUAAUGCUCUGAAGAGUAUUAUUUUUCCUUGUGAUGAUCCAUACUUUGAGAUGAAGCAGACCAGUGGGCUUUUACUGGAACAAUUUAAGUACAGUUGACGUAUAGACAGAAUGACUCGUAUUGCAGUCAUGUCUGCCUUUUCUGCCUCUGCACCAUCUAGGUUUUACACUGAAGUAUGGUCUGGCCACCACCAAGGCCAAACCAGAAAGCAGCCUUUGUCUCCCUUACAAUUGUGCCCUCGUACAUUAACCAGUUUUUGUGUACCUGUUGAUUUGAUCAUUGGCAGAUUAACUUCCUUCUGAACUGCCAAAUAAAACCCAGAAAGCAUUGAGUGAAAAAUUCUGGAAAAUCUAAUUUCUGAAGUGAUCAACAGAGUGAAAACUCUGGGCAUCAUUCUGGAGAAUGAACAAACUCCGCAUCUUAAACAGCAACUGCUCAAACAGAGGGACUACAAACAGGACAGCUAAUUGUGUGGCUGUUCUUCUACUCACCCCUUCCUCUCUUAUCCCCUGGACAAGAACAUGUCAUUGUGCACAUUUUCUUGUGGUCUGCACAAGUUAGCAGAAAGCUUCUGCAGUUUCUUAAAAUUUUUGUUAGCCUGAGCUGUUCUGCUGUCUUGACUGAACGUGGUAAUGGCUGCUAGUAACAAGGAAUGUGUGUUACAGUAGAGGUGAAACAGGAGAGACUUUGCUAAGAUUAGGUCACUCCUGCCUAGAAAGAUAUUUAAGGGGAAAGUGUUUGGGUUUGAGGGUCUUUUAUAUGUUUUCUUGGAUGGGUAAGGUGGUUACUGAAAAUGUCAAAACACAACUACUUUAACAGACAAUGUUGUUUGCCUUCUGAAAAUCCCUGGAAGUCUGUCCAGCGCACUAUUACUGUCAUUUUCUAUCUUGAACCAACAAUAUGAGUAACAUGCAUCUUUAUAAACCCCCAACUGACUGGGACCCAAAAUCUCUUUUUGAAAACUAACAAGUUUCCAUCAUGGGAAAUUUUUUAUCUCCACUUAGAUGAAAGUAACAGCAACUCUUAAAACUUCUUUAUAAAUAAAAUGCACAAGGCAAAAAUCCCUCAUUCAUAUAUAGUUUCAGAGAAAAACAGCGUCCAAAGUACCCAUUUUUUGUAGUUGUUUCAAUGGUUUGCAUAAUAUUUUGUCUCAAGGUCAUCUUUAAUGUAAAAAAAGUAAUUUAUGAAAUCAUUUAUCUUUUGAAAGGUUACUGCUGACAUUAAAAUCGCACAUUUGGAAAGCCUUGACAAUGUAAUUUAAAAUCAUAAUGAAUUAAAAUGAAAGCUCUUUUAUAAAAUCAUUUUAUUUUACAUUUCAUUCAACAGAAAAUUGAUACACUCUUUUAUUCACUGCUUUCACAGUGACUCCUAUAAAAAUCACUACAGUGUUAACAUCCCAUAUAAAACAUGAGAUUAAUUACAGUGAGUCUAAAACUGGUAGCGGUAGAGUUUAAAACAAAUUAUAGGGAACAUGUUAAUGGCUUUCUAUAUGCACCUAAAUUUCAAGCCUACAUGAAACUAGUGAUACAUGUUUACACAGGCACACUGCUGUAAAUAUGUAAAGUCUCAGUCCUCCUAGGACUUCUUAAUAAUCAUGUAAUAUUCUAUUGCAUGUAGUCCUGCUGAAGCACAGGUUGCUCCCUGGAGCACACCAGUUAGUACUGAGCACUUGCAAUAUCUCUCUGCAAAUGGAAGGAUGUUGUUAACUUUUAUGAAGCAUUUUGAGAUCAGUGGAUUUAAAUUACUGAAGAAUUAUUAUGUACUAAACAAUAACUUAUAGAUUGUGAAAUAUAUACGAGAGCAUGGGCUUGACUUAGUGACUGAUUCUCCACUCUGUUACAAGCUGGCAGAGUUGCAUGGCAGCUCCUCUCUGUAAAAUUCAUUCUUCUUUUCAAAGGCUCUUUUCAAAGAACUUCUGAGUGUUGUUCCUGUUUUCCACUGCAUCUCCUAGUGUACAGUUUCUGAAAAGAACCAGCAAGAAAUGCAACCAAACCAAGCAGAAGGAGUGCCGAGAUGUUGCUGAGGAAGUGUGAGAAUGUUUUGUGAAAAGAACAGUGGGGAGAUUUCUUACUCUGAUCUGCAGGCUCGGUGUCUGAAUUUUUGCCUAUUGCUCCCAGCCCUUGAAAAGAUAAAUAAGCAACAGAAACAAAAUUCUGCUAUAUGCCUUAAAGAUGGGAGAAAAUCUAAUUUGAUCUAAUGUUAAUUUAUAUAUUUUUCCAUCUGCAUUGAAUUCUUAAACCAUUCAGUCUCUAUUACACACUAGCCACAGAAUACUUCAUAGAAUCAUAGAAUGGUAGGAUUGGAAGGGACCUUUAGAGAUCAUCUAGUCCAACUCCCCUGCAGAAGCAGGUUCACCUAGAUCAGGUCGCAUAGGAACAUGUGCAGGCGGGUCUGGAAGACCUCCAAGGAAGGAGACUCUACAACCCCCCUGGGCAGCCUGUGCCAGGGCUCACCUGAACAGUGAAAUAGUUUUUUCUUAUGUUUAAGUGGAACUUUCUGUAUUCCAGCUUCAUCCCAUUACCCCUUGUUCAUGCCCCAAAACUGAAAGAUUCAUAUAUUUGAGGAUUCUGGAUUUGCUUAAUCUACCUCUUCCUCACUGAUUCUGUAAUGAGUGAAAGAGUACAGGCCUGACUCUGAUCUCUCUUACACAGCUAGUUGUAUGACAGAAGUAUCUGUUCCAGUCCUCAUGGAGUUAUGCAGGAAAAACUGGAAAGUGUUCUGGUUUAUAAAAAAAGCUAUUUUAAUCCAUUCUAAUAUCUGGAGAAUAUUUUUCUAAUGUACCUGACACUGAAUUUUCAAGAGUUUAGGAUUAAUACCUCGACCAGAGUUUCAAAAGAUCUUACUUCCUAUUGAAGCACUAGAGUUAGUAGUGUGAUUUUUCAAAAAAGCACUAACAACCAAAACCUUUAGAAAAUCGAAUGUUGCUUUUUUUCAGUCCAGCACUGUUAUGAACACUGGGAUCCUAAGUGCCUUUUUUGAGGCUUCCACCGUUCUUGCUUGAUUAAAUAAUGACAAUUUUUCAGUGUUGGAUACUGUCACUUAUGAACUUUAUGUACAUGAACCAUGUACUGUACAUCUGUAGGGGUACAGCAAUCAUUUUUACCAGACUGUUGAUGGGAGUGAGGGAUAAAGUGUGGAAAAGUUUAGCUGAGAAGUUUGUCAGUUUUAGGGUAGCAGAGGUGAUUGAGAUACAAGCUAUGCCUAUAGUAAGGGUGAUUUUUACUGUUUUUUAUCUUGGGGGAAAAAAUCUCUUUGAAUAGUUUCAGUUCAUACUCUUCUUGAGAGACAGAUAAUCACUGCCCUUUGGCUUACUUGAAAGCUCAAACAGUCCAUGCAGGAAACGUGCCUUCAAGGUACGCACAUUUACUCCCUGAAGCUAGUCCCGCUUUCGGCCUUCUUUCUGCAUCAUGUUAUGGUUUUCAUUUUUGUACUGUGGUAAGACUUGAGGUAUUGCAGGGAAUUUUGCCUAGAAAAAUAAAACGGUCUUUGAUCACAAGGCGUAAAGAUGAAUAACAUCUCUGAGCAGCUGAGCUUGUUUUAGUGAAUGCCUCAUACAUUUAUUAACUAUGGACCUGUGUCUAGUGAAGGAAAAUGAGCAAAUUCAGCUGAGAAAUACUGUAACUGACUGAUGUUAUUUUUGCCUUUAUUUUAUUUAGACUCAAAUUUAGUCGUCCUAUGAAGGAGACAGAUUUUAGGUUCUUCAUUGUAGCAGUAUCAUAAAAAACACUGCAGAAAUAAUUUACCUUUUGUGGUGGGUUGCUGGCUGACAUAUUUAUUUGACAGGACAUCCAAAACUUGUUGGUUUACCUGUCCAAGUGACUUGGUAGAUACUAAAGCUCCCUCUUGGUCAUUCACCUCCUUGGGCAGAGAGCAGUUGCAUGCAAAAGAGCAUGAAAUCAAGAGGAAAAGGCAUACAGAGGUGAGCCUGGAGGUACUUACCCUGUUGCUUGCGUGAAAUUCUGAGUGAUUUCCUUGGCCCUUGAAUGCAUAAAACACUAAUUAAGCCCUUGACAGGUCACCUCUGUUCCAGAGGGUGAAAAAUUCCUUUCAAUGACUGUUAGCAGCUUGUGUUUAUAGCUGUAUUCAUAUCCAGAACUGGCCAGCACAAGAAUUUGCAGCACACACAGAUCACUUAUGGAUGAAGUGCCACUGAAGUGAAAAUGGUAUCAUGAGUUAUCUGCGAUAGGAAAUUCUGUGUGAUUACAGGCAGAGCUGUUUCUAGCCUUCAUGUUUUGUUCAGCCACCCACCCACCCA